UCCUUCUACACUUCUCUGAUUCUGAAAAAUUUGAAUCCUCUAUCUUGACAGCAUCAACACCAACAACACACGUUUAUUCAAUCUAGUAAUAUUAGCCCACAAGUCUUUUUAGGUACAUUAGGUCUACUGUUACAAGCUCAGUUCCACUUGAUAGCCUAAAGAGUCCACGUCAUGUCAAGCCAAGGUGAGACGUCGGAAGUGCCGCGCCUUGUCACUGGCACACAUUCUCUUACUUCGUAUCAUACACCCGAUCUUGGCCUUGACGACUCCGCCCAUCAGUCUAGCCCCAUGGCAUUUUCGUGCUCUGACGCUCUGACCUUACGGAUGAUGCUCUCACUCACUUCUCUACGGCCAUUAUCUACAUCUUUGAUCGACCUGAGGUGACCUGUACUCUCUCCUCACCAUUAUUGAGCUUCUUCAUUCAUCCCGCCCAACAUGAAUUGUCCUUCUCGUGUCGAUGAGACUGUUUUGCAUCCUGACUGGAACCAGAACCCGCCUUUCUUGGCCCCUGAUUUGACCACCCGCCAGGAUCUUGAUGGCAUCGCCAAUGCACGAGAGCACAAGUACGGCGAAUUAGGUUCUGGCAAUGAUCUCGAUGGUUCUGGUGAUGGUUUCUUGCCUCAGUUCUAUGAUCACUCUGAGAAGAUCGACCUUCCUUCCUCGCCCAGGCGCGAGGGUUCGCCUUUGAAAGAUUUUGGAACAUCUUUCAAAGGCCAACUGACCUCGCGCCUUAAGCUUACAAACCUUGGGCUUGAACCCUGUUUACAGAGCAAGCCCACAUUAUCAUGCUCUCUCGGAAGUGGAUUAUUCUUGACCUUGAUCAACGGUGGCAUGCUCUGUGCACACUAUGGACUCUUUUCCAAGCCCGCAAACCACACUCUUGAAGACCCCUUUGUGGCCUCUUCAGAGACAUAUCGGCUUAAAAAAAGAGAUGCAUGCCGCGACGGAUCUGAAGAAGACACUUACAACCUUCCGCUUCACAUCGGCGCAGUCUUUAUCGUUCUCUUCGUCUCUGGUAGCGCGUGCGCUUUCCCUCUCCUGGCUCUAAAGGUUCCACGUCUAAGAAUUCCUUCCAUCUUUCUGUUCGCGGCAAGACACUUUGGAACAGGGGUUCUGAUCGCCACGGCCUUUGUGCAUCUUUUGCCAACGGCAUUCAUCAUGCUUGGCAAUGAGUGCCUAGGCGACUUCUGGACGAGUGACUACGACGCAAUGCCUGGAGCCAUUGCUCUAGCUGCCGUCUUCUUCGUCACUCUUAUCGAAAUGGUCUUCACCCCGGUCCGAUCCUGCUAUCCAUCAUCCUCAACGGCUUCUGCGACCAACAUCGAAAACACCAGUCAAUCGCCUGAGAAUGCUCUUGCGGAUUCGAGCCCCCAGCCCCGAACCAAUCCGUCAAAUGACGACGAGGUCCCCAUGCGGAACCUAGGGCUUUUGAAAGGCCGCUCCUCAAGUGUCGGGCAGCGUGUUUCGCGACUUGCCGAAAAUGCAGAAAUCGCAGAACUUUCCGAGAGAGAUCAACUUCAACAAGUUUCCAGCAAGGCCGAUCCCGAUUUCAGCGGCAAAGAGAACCCCGAUGUUUUCAAAGUUCCGGUUCACUUCGAGAUCGAGCUUACACCAGAACAAAAACAAAGAAAAGCAGUGAUGCAGUGUGUCUUACUGGAGCUCGGGAUUCUCUUCCACAGCGUCUUUAUUGGCAUGGCGCUGAGUGUCUCCACCGGCAGCGACUUUGUUGUUCUCCUCAUCGCAAUUGUCUUUCAUCAAACAUUUGAGGGCCUCGCCCUAGGUUCCCGCAUUGCUGACAUCAAGUGGGAAAAGAGGGCCAUACAACCAUGGCUGAUGGCUCUGGCCUAUGGAUGCACGACCCCGGUAGGACAAGCACUCGGUCUCGGCCUCCACACGCUUUAUCAUCCCGAAUCGAAAACUGGGCUCCUCCUGGUAGGAAUCAUGAAUGCCAUCUCGGCCGGCCUUCUCGUCUACGCUUCCCUAGUGGAGCUAUUGUCUGAAGACUUCCUCAGUGACGCCAGUUGGAGGGUCCUGCGAGGAAGAAGACGAGUCUACGCUUGCCUGCUCGUCUUCUUUGGUGCUUUUGGCAUGAGCGUCGUCGGAGCUUGGGCUUGAAUGAAGAAGGGAAACGCAGAGUUCGAUGAGAUAGAGAAGGGAAAGAGGAAAGAUUAGUUGGAUGAGAGAGAAGAGGGAGAGAGAAGAGGGAGAGAGAAGAGGGAGAGAGAAGAGGGAGAGAGAAGAGGGAGAGAGAAGAGGGAGAGAGAAGAGG